UGGUAUCUAUGAUGAGCUAGUUAACAUUGUCCAACGAUAUACAAAAAAAUGGUACAAUGUUGUUAAUAUACUUGAUAAAAAUUUACAAGGUCGAGAAUUUAUUAUUAUUGAUUUAACUAGAGCAAAAGAGGACUCUCUAUAUCUUCGUAAAGGUUGGGACCAAGUCCUGAAAUUAGAUGAAUAG